AUGGCAUUCCAAUCCCAGGUCAUUAUUGCUGGAGGGGGUCCUACCGGGCUAUUUCUAGCGCUUCGUCUGGUCCUACGAGGUAUUCGCGUCACAGUACUCGAGAAAGACGCUGUUCUUCACCCAGCCGUCCGCGCAUUGGGAUAUUUUGGCCCGGUUCACUUUGCACUGCAGCGGGCAGGAAUCUUCAAUGAAGUUCAGGAAAAGGCGCUCUUCCUUACAGGAUUCUCGUGGAGAAAAAGGGCGAAGCAAGAUGGGCCUAACGAGAAGCAAUGGGGUGACUUGAUUGCCGCGUGGAACCCAUGGGAGCUCUCUGCCCUCGAGGAAGGAGACUGUGGCUGUGGCCUUCUCUGUCUAGGACAAGACAAGCUAAGAGAAAUCAUCAUGUCGAAAUUGAUUGCUUCAGAUCUUGCGCAAGUUCUACUUGGACAUGAGGUUAUUGGACUGUCUCAGGGCGAGCAUUCAGCUACCAUCACAACGGUUGAUGUUUCUGGAGCGGAGAAGCAGUUUACAGCCCCAUUUGUGAUCGGCGCUGAUGGAGGUAAAUCACGAAUGCGAAAUUUAAUGGGUCUGCCCUUGGACGGAUUUACUUGGCCCGAGACCAUCAUCGCCAGCGAUAUCUACGUCAAUUUCUCUCCACCAAAAGAUGGUAUGGCAACCGUCUAUGUUAUCGACCCUGUGGACUGGGCGUUUAUUUGUCCUCUCGCUGAAAUCAACUACGGCGGAUCGAACCUCUAUCGCUGCACAUUUCCGAUGUCGCCAGAAGAGUGCGAGCCUGCCGUUUUCGAUGACUGCCUGAAGAAGAAAUUCGAGAGAAUGUUUCCAGGAGCGCGGCCGUUGAAAUACGAACUCAGAAGAUGUCAACAAUACCGUAGCCACCAACGUCAAGUACCGAAUUACCUCGUUGGGAGAUCAAUCUUGGUCGGAGACGCUGCUCAUCUGAACGCGCCUUGGGGUGGUCUGGGCCUUACAACCGGCCUCCUGGAUGCGGACUCUCUUGCCGAUGCACUCAAUUUCGUAAUCAACGAUGGCAAGCCACUAUCGAUUCUUCGGAGCUGGGCAGAUGCCCGGCAUGCAGUUUUCAAAGAUUUCAUCAAUCCGGUCUCUACAGCAAAUAAACUACGAUGUCAUGACACAAACCCAGAUGAUCCAAAAUCCGAUCCCUUCUUGAAAGCCGUUAUGGAGCAAGACUCAAGCGCUUUGCAGGAAGUAAAUGCCGGACUGGACAGGAUGGCGACUGAUAUGGCGGACAUUGUGAUGGGCCAAUCAUUAUCGAACCUAUAG